GUACAAUAACAGUAUAAAGGGGACAGUUAACAAGUCAAGACCUUUAAUAAAAACGUAUUUUCAAAACUUUUUGCGGAUGUUAUUUAAAGAAAGUGUAAUUUGUUUAUACAUAUUUUGAAAAUUGAUUAAAACAAAUGAAAUUGUGGGCUAAUUUAUUAAUAGUAUUAAGUUAUAUUUUAAAACAAUGUGAUACUUUAACUAUACCCUGUGAUCUUCAACCAUCUAAAUAUGGUUUUGUUUGUAAAUGUACUGCCGAUUAUUGUGAUUAUUUAGAAGAACCUACCUUGAAAUCGGAUACAAAUUUGUUUGCAGUUUCUACAAGUAAAGAUGGUUUACGUUUUUCUGUAACUGAAGCUGAAUUUGGUUCUUUGGAAACUGUUAAAAUCAAAGAUUAUCAUGAAUCUCUUAAAAAUUGGGAAAAAUUUAAAUCAUUUAAUAUUGAUGCUAUAGAUGUGGAUAAUGCCAGAUCCCUAUUUCAUCUAUAUGAAGGAAAUAAAAGAUUUUUAUCCCAAAGAAUGACUAAAUCAUCUAUAACCAUAAAUCGUUCUAAGACUUAUCAGAAGAUCGUAGGAUUUGGUGGAGCUUUAACCGGAAGUGUGGCAUAUUUACUUAAAAAAUUAAAUACCUCUUUUCAAGAUCACUUAUACAAAUCUUAUUUCCACAAAGAUGGUAUAGCCUAUAGUAUUUUACGCACCUCUAUAGGAGGUUGUGAUUUCGAUUUAGAACCCUGGGUCUAUAAUGAGUAUCCAGAAAAUGAUAAACAUUUAACAAAUUUCACCGUAUUAGAUCAACGUGAUUUAUUGAAAAUUGAACAAAUUAAACGUUUAAAAUCCGUAGCUUUAUUAGAUGAUCUAAAAAUAAUGGCUGCUGCCUGGAGUCCACCACCCUGGAUGAAAACGAAUAAUAAUUGGACAGGUUUUAGUAGUUUAAAAGCAGAAUAUUAUGAAGCCUGGGCCAAAUAUCAUUUAAGAUUUCUUGAAUUAAUGUUGUCUAAAAAUAUAACGAUAUGGGCCAUAUCCACUGGCAAUGAGCCACUAAACGGAGUCAUUGGUUGGCUUUUUGUACAUUUUAUGAGUUUAGGUUGGACACCAAGAAAUCAGGCGGUUUAUCUGAAUGAUUAUUUGGGCCCAGCUUUGAAGAAAUCACCAUUUAAAAAUGUUUUAAUAUUUGGCAAUGAUGACCAGCGUUACUCGUAUCCCGCAUGGUUUAAAACGAUGAAUUCCUCGCGACCCGGUUCUCUCAACUAUCUUGAUGGUUUAGCCGUACACUGGUAUUGGGAUGAUAUAUUUGGACCGGAACUUAUAGAUAAAACUUUACAAUUAAUGCCCAACAAGUUACUGUUAAAUACUGAAGCUUGCGUAGGUGAUAAACCGUGGCAAACUCGUGGACCUGAGCUGGGUUCAUGGGAAAGAGGUGAACAGUACAUAUGCUCUAUACUACAAGAUUUACAGCAUAAUUUUAAUGGUUGGAUCGAUUGGAAUCUAAUGUUGGAUGAGCGCGGAGGUCCCAAUUAUGUUAAUAAUACUGUUGAUGCUCCCAUCAUAUUAAAUACUAAUAACAAUUCCGAGUUUUAUAAACAACCUCUAUUCUAUGGCAUUGGACACUUUUCGAAAUUUAUUAGCGAAAAUUCUCAACGUAUUGAAGUGAAAUUGUCUUCUAUACAAAAUUCUAUUGAUGCGGUUGGAUUUAAAAGACCGGAUAAUAAAAUUGUUUUAAUAAUAUUUAAUAGUGCUGCUAUUCCCCAGGAUAUUAACCUAAAUGAUAGUGUACGUGGUAUGCUCACCAUUAAUGUGCCUGCUCGUUCAAUACAUACCAUUGUUUAUAUGUAAUGAAAUUUUUUUAAAGUUUUGUUUUAUUUUAUGAAAUCUUAGGUUAUAAACUUUUUUAAAAUUUUUACAUAAAUAAAAAACAUAAUCGCAGUAUAUAUUAUAUAAAAUA